AAACUGCCCGCGAAGCGUACAUGUCUCCACUCUUCACUGAAUAUCCGGUCUUAUUCUUCACAAAAUACGGUUCAUUUUUCUGUGUUUUUCUAGAAGAGGAGUGGAAUUGUUUUAACGGUGUUUAUUUUUUUAAUUGAAAAGUGUUUUAGUUUAUUGAAAAUAAUAGUGGGUGGUGUUUUAAAAAGUUAGUGAUUUAAUGUUUUUUUGUUUGUUUACCUUUUGUGGGCGACGGUAUCAUUCGAUUAUAAUUUGUGAUGGUGUAAUUGCAUUUAUAUAAAACAUUUAAUCAUUAUAUUUAAAAUAUCUUAAUGUGAUGCUUUUUUCUGAAAUAUGCGUCAACUAGCUGUAGUUUUUUUGUGGUUCGUCUAAAAUUUGGGAAACAGACAAACAUUUUUAAUGAAAACAGUUACUCAUACAGCACAAAGAUCACGUAAACACUGGAAAAAAAUCUUCGCUCGGCAACUGAAAUUCGGACAAAAUUAUUUCUGUACUUGCCACCCACCAUUGCUGUUGGCUAGUAAAUUGUGCACGCCAAUUUGAAUCUAAACACAUUGUAAUAGAAAACAAUACUGCACUCUUAUUGUUUUUCAUCUGUUUUUCUUAAUGUGGUUUGGAUAUAUAUGCAAAGUGGUACAAAUGGUGUACGUCAACUAUCACUGGCUUCUCAGAGGAUGAUUAAUCAUCAGACUGAUUCUAGAAAAGCCAAACUUUGAAAUGAUAUCAUUAAUUUUUGUUUACUACUAACAUAUUUUGUGGAAAAAGUAUUCAUCGAAAAUAUAACAUACAAUUCCUCUUAAAUGUUAAAUAUAAUUUGUUCAUUCAAAUUUGCAAUAAAUCUUAUCAAAGUUGGCACAGCUUUAUGUGCUGCAUUCUUAAUAACCGACAUUAAUUAAAUGUUGUAAUGACAGAAAGGACUGUUAAAAAUUAGUUACAAAUAUAUUGUUUAUCGUUUAAUACCAGUUAUGUGCUUUUGAGUAACUAAAAUCAAUUACAGAUAGGUACACUUGAAAAUUUCAUUCACACAUUAUAAAACAAGCGCAUAGAAGCUUGAACAAAAAAACAGUGAUCGUUUUAUUUGAAGUCGAAAAACUGGAAGAUCAAAAUGAUGACCAUAAGUGAAAGUCAGUACUCAUCGAACAAGAGAUCUAGCAUCCACAAGAUCAAUGAUAGAGUUAUCCAUCGGGACAGCUACAAUGAUGUGAAUUCAUCGUCCAGCGUGAACAGUUCCCUGGUCACGAAGCGUGGCUUCAAACCUUCAGACAUGUAUGAUCCACAAAAGAAAGCGUUCCUCACAAACCUCAGUUAUAAGUUAUUCCCUGUAAGUUGGGAAAACAUAGAAAAUAAGUCACUUCUACUGGGGGAUAAGGAAAUUGACCUGAACAAGAUCUUCACACCGGCGGCUGAUGCUGAAGAACAUAUUAUUAAGAAAGAUCGCAAGUUUGAGAAAACUUUCGCGUCUUCAGCUUUCUAUGUGCCUGGCGUCCACCCAACUGUGAAGGAACAGAUGGAUCUGGCGAGAGCCAUCUCCAGGUCCUUGAGUGAUUCCAGCAAUCACAUGAGCAGGGGCCAAAGCAUGUACGUCAACAGGAAGAAGAGAUCUGUCAAAUGGGUGCAUGAAGGUAGAGGCCGAAACACUUCGAACUCAUGUUCCACGCCCACUCCGGUAGCCAACCACGAUACAGCCUACCGUCCGCCGUCGAGUCUGCGUAGUCAGAAAACGUAUCCCAAGUCCGCACUGAAACACACGUCGCUACCCAAAAUGGAACCUUUCCCGGUCUCCCCACCAACUAUUACCGUACAAAACAUAGAGGUUCCCUUGUCUCUGGCACCCACAAAGCUAAACGAUGUCUAUGCCUCACCGAAAAGCCCGCGCUUGCCCCUUGUCUGUGGGCCCAAUUUCAAUGUAGCGCCUCGCGGUUGGGGUGAAAUGAGGGAUUAUUACCGACCUGUGUCACUAGAUGGCGUUGGCAAAGCUUCUCUACCGUACACAGACUAUUAAUUGAAAAUAUCCGAUUAAAUUUAUUUAUACCCAUUUAUUUCUAGCUUCAUCUGCGUGUGAACUAUUAAUAUAUUAUUAAAAAUAAGUGUAAUGCAAAAGUAAAGAUUUCAAAAGAAAUUCUCAGAAUUUAAUUAUGUAUUUCUAAGGUCAUCAAUAUAUUAAAAACAAUGCCCACAAAUAGAAUAAAGUUGGUAUUUCUAAAAAAACAAGUAACCGUUGCUGCUAAUUUAAUGUUCUAAAGCUAAAUUUCAUUGCCUCUGCUGUAAAGACAGAAAUUGCGUUUCUAGAUUGAAAUUAUAAAAGUAUAUUAAAUAUUUAUUGUAAUUAUAUUAUAAAAGGCAUUUUAUAAGUUCCACAAUAAAUUUUAACUAUCACUUACAUAUUUAAUAAUAAACUAAUUUAAAUAUUUUUGAAUAUUUUAAAUCUCUAUGUCAUUUAACUUUCAAAAAAUAAGAUAAUAAUGAUUAAUAAAAAAUAAAAAAAAUCACAAUUUAUAGUUUUUUAAGGUUAUUUAUGUUUAUUAAUUUAAUUUAUAUAAAUGGAAUAAUUUGUGUUUAAUAAUUACAUAAGUACAGUACGAACUAGUCAUAACUAAUUACAUGUUUUUAUUUAUGUCAUGUGACUGCCUCACGGUUUCUGAAUCUCAACUGAUUAUUCUCAAUAAUUUAA